CUUCCUGACGCAGGUGUCUCUAGUGGGGAAGAUUGCAUGUGUUGUUUUCAGUCUCCUCGAACAACCAGGUAACCAUUAACAUUCACAGGACAGAAUCUAAAGGCAGGAAUCAUGGGGGUGAAGAUAAAAGUCGAAUACUGCGGGGGAUGAGGCUACGAACCUCGCUUCCAGGAGCUGAAGCGAGGAAUCAGCGCCAAGUUUCCUGAUGCGCAGGUGUCAGGAUCCGUGGGCCGGAGAGGAAGUUUUGAGGUACAGAUCAAGGAACAUCUGGUCUUCUCAAAAUUAGAAUCAGGAGGUUUCCCUUAUGAAGAGGAUAUUAUGGAGGCCAUUGCUAAGGCUAAGGAUGGAAAGCCUGAAAAGAUCACCAGAAGCCGUAAAGAGUGCAUCAUCCUCUAAUGCUUUGACCUCUCAUGAUGCCCAUUACCAUCUCCGCUCUUAUCCUCUCUCCGAUCCACACGGGCGUCUGAUUAGUCUAUUGCAGAACAUGGUGUAAUUGUUAUUAAAGCUCUUCACUUGUCUCCUUUAUCACUCGAGUUUUUUGGACGUAAAUGAUUGCCAUAGCUCCAAAGUGCAAGAGUUAUGGUAUGAAGCCUUAGUCCAAAAAACUCUGAACCCAAAGUAUAGUAAUAAAGAAGAUAGUGAAGAGAAGAGUACUUUUUAAAAUAUAUUUAAAAGGUAAAGUUACUAGAAUGAACUUUAGUGGAAAAUAGACACAAAUAUUGGUAGAGGGCGUAAAUUGGUAAAAAUACUUAAGGGGUUACUCCACCCCAAAAUGAAAAUUUUGUCAUUAAUCACAUGUUGUUCCAAACCCGUAAAAGCUUUGUUCGUCUUCGGAACACAAUUUAAGAUAUUUUGGAUGAAAACCGGGAGGCUUGUAGUAAAUACCACUGUCAAAACCCAGAAAAGUUUGAAAGGCAUCUUCAAAAUAGUCCAUCUGCCAUCAGUGGUUCAAUCUGACUUUUAUGAAGUGAUAAGGAUACUUCUUGUACACAGAGAAAAAAAAUAACUUUAUUUAACAAUUCUUUUGUCUCAUCUGCGUCAAUGCAAACUGCGUAUACUGUUCUGCGUCAGCCGCAUGACACGGAUACACUGUUUUCAUUCAAAUCAAAGCGUAAAGAAUGUAGAAGACGUAUCCGUGUGGUGCAGCUGACACCACAAAAAAGCAAAAAAGUACAAAAAGUAUUCUUGUCACUUCCAAAAAUUCAGAUUAAAACACUGAUGGCACAUGGACUAUUUUGACGAUGCCUUUUUAUACCUUUCUGGGUCUUGACAGUGGCAUUUACUUGGCAGUCAAUGGGACAGUCACAAGUCUCCUGGUUUUCAUCCAAAAUAUCUUAAAUUGUGUUCCAAAGAUGAACACAGCUUUUACGGAUAAGUGAUUAAUGACAGAAUUAUAAUUUUGAGGUGGAGUAACCUUUUAAUUAUUUGAAUAUGUAUACUGAAACUGUUGAUUUAACUAGCUCAAGAUAAUUUUCUUGUUCUUUUAGAUUUACAAAAAGAUGAAUGUGAUCCAUGUAAUGUAAAAACAUAUCAAUAAAUACAUUUGAUAGUUUCUGAAAAUA